AUGCCGCCCACGCGCGGUGGCACACCCAGUGUCGGCCCUAAGGUAAAAUGGACACGUAAUGAAAAACAUUAUUAAUUAACAUCUAAAAAUAUAUCUAUACACGUUUGUAUUACACGCACUUCUGUAGUCAAUUAAUAAAUUCUAUAUACAAUGUAAUACAGCUAGCCGUCCCGCCCGGCCUUUGACAAUUUGUAUUUAUUUUUUUUUUUCUUACCCAUAUUGCUUUGCGGUUUUGACCGUGUUAGUAACGGAUAAAAACAAAUAGGCGGGAAAUGGGUGGUCCCACUUCUUCACCUUCGGCGGACUAAAAGUAUUCUGUUAUGACACAUAAUUUUUAAAUUUUAAAUUACCAUUUACCUUAAGUAUGCAACACGUGACAAAGCCACGUACAAUUGUCCAUGGAAAAAACAUUGGACGAUUGUGUCUAAACCUGUCACAUUUAAUGUUUGACCUUGUGCCUUAUUGAUGGUCAUUGAAAUACACGGUUUCACGGAAAAUUGGAGCCGUUUAAACUGGAAUGGUAGAUUGGUUGGUAUCAUUGGUAUUCUAGGAACCAAGACCGUUUCCGUAGCUCCACAGCCAUUAAAAAUCAUACACUUAAGCAAACAGGUUUUUAACGAUUUUAUUUGCAAUUUCGUGCCGUUGUAUAAUUUUGGUGGACAUAAGUUCCGGAGUAAUAUAAUAGGAGAACCUACCUUUAGAAUUAAUUUAUGGGGUGGAGUCCCCGAAGAGGUUAAAUAAUUUAAAAAUGCAGUUGGAUAAUGUACCGCCUCCUCUCUAUCAAUUACAGUAUCAACUUAGUAGUAAAUUUUUGUUAGUGCAAUGAAUCUCAACAGUAUCGUGUGAUUUAUUUUAUUGACUUGCCUUUUUCCUGAAACCGACUCUUAGUAGAAAUAUUAGAUAUUUCUGGGUAAACAUAAAGUCUACAGGUCAGCAGAAGUUUCAUUGUUACGUAUUAAACGUACUUUUUUAGAAUUUGCCGUGUUACGUCCUAUAUUAGAUCUUUGUUUAGGCAUGACUAAAACGCAAACUAAUUUUGAUACCAUACGUUUUGAUCAAAAUUUUAAAUUGUUUUUCAUUUCAUCCACGUUACUAAGGUAAUCCAAAUAAAUAAAUAAUAAUAUCAAUAAUAAUAAUAAUACCUAAAACCCAAAUUUCGGGAAAUGGUUUUCAAUAGGAUAUGGAUGUCAGUAGCUAUAAACCUUUUCCGAGAUUCGGUCGAUCCAUUAGUGAAAACCGCAUCGAAAUCCAUUCAACCAUUUCAGAGUUUAUCCCGAACAAAAAAUAGUGACUUCAUUUUAUACUAUGUAUUGAUGUCAUAUUAUGGUAAAAUAAUUACGUAUGCAUUAUAUAUUUUCUUGAAUAUUUAUUUAAAAUUGUAUCUAUUUUCCCGUGUUUCCUAUUUAUUAGAGAAACCCCUGGGAAAAUCAUAAAAAUUACCUCCCUAAAUUACCUCCCCAGUCAGAUUUCCUUUUAGAAAAAAUUCUAUCAUCAAAAAAAUACAUAUAUAUAGUAACAUCAUUGUAAAACCAAUACAUUACUCGCCCCGCUCAUAAAAUGAUUGGGUAUUAUUUUAAAUAAAUUUAAGUGUUGUCGUUUUUGAUUUCCGUCGGUCCAUUGACGAGAAAUAUCUCAUACACUUUUAAUUUUGGGUUGCGGAGAGUAGUGUGUGGCGGUACGAAGCACGGCGUGUUAAUAAUGUACCACCACUUUACCCCAACCCAAACUUAAAAGUGGAAUAGCUUGUCAACGGAUUAAUGGAAAUCAAAAAUUUCAGUACUUAAAUUUAUUUAAAAUAAUACUCCAUCAAUUUACGAACUUUUUAAUAUAGGUUGCCAUUUGAAAAUCAAAAGUAUAGGUGACGAAAAAUAACAUAAAUAUAAAAUUGUAGAGCAGCUUGUUUCUUAAAUGUUCUAGAAAAUAAAUUCCGGAAAAAGUAAAUACUUUCCGAAAUAACAAGUGUCUUACGAUAGAUUUAUCACCUUAUACAUCAUCUAUUAUCAAGUUAUGCAACGAACAGUGAUUUAGAUAUAUAUACACAUGGUUCUUUGGGUGAGAAUGGUUGAAAGAUUAAAAAUAAGGUAGUCACCGGCAACCGUUUUUAUAUAUUUUGUGUUAUUAUUAAGUUUUUAUUAUUUAAAUAUUUUUUAAAUAAUCAUUGUUGUCAUGGAAACGUACAUCAUUUAAUCAUUUUACCAUAAUAUAUUAUACAUUUUGUAUAUUUUCUUUUUUUUUUAUUUUAUCGUAUCACUAAGGUAACCAAUCAACAUAAAUAAUUAGAUCGUACCUAAAAUACCAAUAAUCCUGUGUCAACCUCCCUUUAGGGUGUAAUUUUGAAAUAAAAAUAAUAUUAUCACCUUCCUCGAUUAAUGGACUAUCCAACACAAUAAUAAUUUUUGAAUUCGAACAAGUAGUUCCUGAGAUUAGCGUGUUCAACCAAACAAACAAACAAAUUCUUCAGCUUUAUAAUAUUAGUAUAAGAUUGCUCGUAUGUUCAAAUCUCUUCUGAAUUCUUUUGAACGUAAUGCAGUUUCUUUUUAUAAGCAUUCUAAGAUCGUAUGUUGACGAAAAUCGUAAAAAUCACGGCAUUUCAAAACAUAUUCAAUCAAACUUCGCUCAAAAUCGCAUUUCGUUAGCAAUGAUUUAUCGCUACCUUCAGAUACAAAUUUAAUAACUCUGUUUAUCCUACAUUCCUUCAACUGCCCAUUUGUAACAGUGUAACGUUGUCCUUUCAUCAGCAGAACUACCUCUUUUUUUAGAAAAAAUGUAUUUUACGUUUGAAAUAACUGAUACCACAAUAUUCGGGUGAUUUAACCCACUCCUCUGUGUCGGUCACUAGGUUUCGUGUUUGGGACUAAUACAUGUUUUACUAUAUAAUAUAAUGCAAUCGCACUUACAUCCUUAUUAUUUUUAAUUCGGUAAUCAUUUACUAACGAUAGCAUCAUAUGAAUGAUUUAAUUAUUAUUUAAUAAUUAUUAGAUUCUUUAUCGGCAACGUUCGAUGUUGACAGUUUUUUUUUUCAUUAUGUUACAAUUUUGAGAGUUUUAUUUGAAUAUCUAUAAACUAUAAGACGGAUUUUAAUGGAUUAAAAUAUCUACUCAUCUCUAUCUAUAUUAUUAGUCUACAAAAAAAACUAUAUAGAAAUCUGUAAAAUAAAAAAAAAUUGAAUUAUUAGUGUAUAAUUUCCCAAAUACCCGAUUCAAUAUUUACACAAUAAGUAACAUACAUUUUAUUUUUCGACGUUCGACGAAUAUAGUAUCAGAUAUUGAGACAGAUUCUUUGGGAAUAAUUUCAGAAAAAACGCAGGGUAUUAAUACCAUUGUAUAUAUUUUGUUCUUGUUGAUGUAUUCGGAACGUGUGUGUAAACGAAUGCAAUUGUAUGCUAACGAUUUUGUGUCAGAAAAGGUUACAAGCGUAUAGAAUAAUAUACGGAAUUCAAAGGUCAAUAUUCUGUUUUAUUAACUUUAGGAGGCGGACAAAACGGAGAAACAACGAUGAAAAAACCAAACUAUUUAACUGGCGAUAUAGUGCGCCACAAUGAGGAAAUUCAAUUUAAGUAUUUUAGUACGUGACAGUCGAAUAUGCUGGGUAAACGGCGUAGAUAAUAUGCAAGGUCUUCAAACCGAGCAAAACACAAUCCCUUCACUUAUUAAAACCGUAAUAAUUAUAUUCCUCCACGUACUUACCCUUAACUCUGAAAUUGAAAAUAUGCUCUCAAUUAAGACUUUAACAACUACCAAUUAAAUCAAUUCAUAUAUUUAUUACGGUAUAAUUAAACGCAAGUAAUCGUUAUAUUUAACGAAUAUAUAAGUUUUUAUUUCUAAAACCUUACCUAAAUAUUAUAUGUUAUUAAUCGUGUUAUUUUCCAUUAUAACUAAAUCAACCCAGUAAUCACCAAAAAUAAAAUCUGUGUAUCAUCAUUUAAUGUCAGUUUUUUUAAUUAUUUAGAAAAACUAAUGGGAAUCUAGAAUUAGUUUCAAAGAAAUUACUACUGGGUGAAAAAUCCACAUCUUUUAACGUACAACGUGAAAUAGACGGACAUACUUUGCACGUGGGUGUAGCCACUGUUGUAGGUGGGUAGAACACAGUCGGGAAUUAAUGUACAUCUGUAAGCAACGAUAAACUAUUUCUAACAAAAAAACGAUUCUAAGCUGAUUUCAGUUAAUAGUGUUGCUUUGUCAACAAUAUAUAGUAUAUCAUAUUAUGGUAAAAUAUGCAUUAAAUAUUUUCUUUAAUAAUAUUUAUUUAUUAUUAUACCCAUUUUCCUGUUCUCGAGUUUUUUCGGUUAUUCUAAUAUAUUGAGAACAUUCCUGAGAAAACCGAAAAUUGAUCUCCCUAUAGUAUCUCCAGAGUUAUAUUUCCUUUUAGAAAAAGUGCUACUAUUGUAAAUCGGAACAAAAUUGCCGAUGGAAAAGUUGUUGGAUAAAAAAAAUAAACAUCAUUGUGAAACCAUAAGCUUCUUCACUUCACUCAGAAUCUAAAAUGUAGAGCAUUUUCAUUAACUAAACAAGCGUUUUCCAAGAUAUAAAAAAAAAAAAUCAAAAUUCGUGGAAUAUAACUUUUUUUUUGUUUUUAUAAAAUACUGUUACACUAAAAUCUCAUUUUAAAAAAGCACAGUAAAAAAAAAAAUGAGGAAGAAAUAGAAUACAAAUACGAGGAUACGAUGCAUGUCGAUAUAUUAUUAUGUAUAUUGUGGCGUAAAGCAAAAUCGCCCUCGAUUCGUGGCAUCACCAGCGACGCCUAAAUGCACACGGCCUAUCCACGCGUACUUGCGUCGUGUUAUGUACCUCUGGGUGCAUCUUAUGCACUAUAUGUUGCGUCAUGUGCGACGAUUUUCAAUUGUCUCGAAAACCCCGAAUUUCGAUAAAACGUAUAGCUAUAUCCAGAAUCUAAAAUAACAUGUCAUAUUCUUUAACUCCAGAAAAUGGAGUUUUAAUUAGGAUUAUUUAGAUAUAUUUUUAUUUAAUUUUAAAAAAUAUUUGAAAAUUCAUUAUAAAGUCUUAUAAGACUCAUCAUAAGUUAUCCUUAUAACAUUAUAGAUUUUAGUUCACUAUUUUGUAUUAGCAUUUAUAAAAUGCUAAUGAAUAUAAUAUAAACUACCUCAUUUUACGUACUCUAUAUUUUUCAAAUUAAUGUGAAUAAUAGUGUUUUAGCUUACAAAAUACGCACAAAAAUUUGAUACAUAAGUUUUACAUAAUGGCAAAAAAAAAGUUGAGUGUAAUAUUAUAAUUUUUGUAUAAUCAUUCAAUUUUAGAGUCAAUCCAAUUUUUUAUGAUAAAUCGUAGAAUUGCACACAUUUACGGCUGAUUAAGGCUCAGAAUCAUUUUUCAUUAGGAGUUGCAUACAAAUAUGUAUUUAUUUAUUCUGCAUAUAAUUGCAUACGAUACUAAAUUUUAAAAUGGUUAGAUAAAUUUAAUUAAAAGUCCCUAACCUAACCAAUAAUUAAAAAUGUAUGUAAACACUAUCUACAUAUUAUAAUAAAAUGUUUAGUAAAUUAAAGUUUUAUUUGAAUCCUAGGGUAGUGAGGUAAUGUGGCAGAGCUUUCAAUUUUAUUGCGCAACGAUACCUACCGAAAAUUCCUUGAUAUAUUCUUUGUUGGGUAACGUUAUACCAGCACGGCCACUUAAAAUUUUAGUUUGAAAAUGAUCUGAUACAAUGUUAAUAAUAUAAAAAUUGAUAAAAUUUGGUGACAUUAUACAAAUAACUUAAUCCUUUAGAUACCUUAGAUAUCCUUUAGAUACAUUACCUUUUGAUAUACCUACUACUUAUUUUGUUAUGAUAACAAUUACCAUAAUAACAAUUAAUACUAUUUAUAAUGUAAUAAUAUUAUACAAAAGGAUUAAAAAGAAACGUAUUAGAAGAAAAAUGUACAUUUUUGUUCACGUACUAACAAUUACCUACACGAAAUGUUUCAUACCACGUAAUACGUACUUACUUUAAAAAAUAUUCUUUGUUAAUUAAUAUAUUUUAAGUUCUGAUUCAUAUUUUUAAUGGUUGAGGAAUUUAUUCCCUUUCCAAAAACAAAGCUGUACCUAUAUUUUAAAGUGGUCAAUGCUUGUGGUUUUGUAACUUAUAAUAUGUUGUUCAAUCUCUCGGACACGUUAAAUUCAAUUCAAUUACUGUUUUGCAUUGUUUUACACUAGAUCGCACCACGUAAAUAAAAUUAUAUAAUAAUAUACCUACAUAAUAUUGUUCAAAUUUUAAUUAAAUCAAGUUUUUUUUAAAAUUUGUAUAAUAUUGCAUUAUUCUGUGAAAAAUAACAUUUUAUUAUUAAUUAUACCAAUAAUCGCAUUUCAUUAAUCACAGCUAGUGUUAAACAUUGGCAGUUACAAAUAGUGGUGUAUUUGCAGGGGUGGGGAGGGGGUCUGUUUUAAUCCGAAAACCAAAAAUAAGGGGGUGGGUGCGGCCACUCUUGUAGGUGGACAGUUGGGAAGGGAGGACACAUAUUACAUUUAUUUGAUUUAUACCUAUACACCAUUACUAACGAAGUUCGGUUAUACCUUAUACAUUGAAUGGCGGGCAUCGUUUCUGCCGAAAAUUUGAUUUUCAUUUCCGCCAGCGGCGUAAAUUCCUAGGAGCAGGGAGGGCAGUUGCCCCCCCCCACUAAAAUUGUUUGGUGGUACGCGCGCGAAGUUUGUACGUAUCUUGAUCAACUUAUUUUGUAGUCCUCGUAAUCGUAGCCGUUCACCGGACAUUUCUAAUAAUAACAAAUACUGAUUACGUUUCUGUUAUAUUGUACGUCUGUAAAUCUAAUACGUUAUUGCCCAUUACACAUCCGUCAGUCAGCAGCCCAGCAACGGUUUGGAAAAACCGUUUGUAAAUUGCUCCCGAAUUCUAUUAUAAUGUUACACGUCGGCAGCGUACGCGCAGACGCGCAGUACAUUUCUAUUAUGAAUAAUAAUGUUUUUGUAAUUUGUAAUUUUGUAAACAAAGUAUAUGUAUGCAGUCAAAUUCGCGUAUAACGGUGCCGUAUAUAACGAUAUCCGGGUAAAACGAUUCCAAUCAAUGUAUUUGGUUGGUUUUAUAUGUCAUGUAUAAUACUUUUAUUCGUAUACAACGGUAUCGGUUAUAACGAUAAUCCGGAUAUAGCGAUGUUGUUUUAAAACGAAAAUUGGUUUUUAUAAACACCCAUAGCGAUUAAUAAUGUGCAUGUACGUUGUACAUUGUGUAGUAAAUUUGAUUUCGUCCAAAUCGAUAAUUCUUAAUCUUAUCUGUAACAGAUAACGUGUCUAGUACGACCGUAUUGUAUACAGAAUACCUACGUUUCUUAGUCGUUUAGUUGCCGUUUUGAUUGCUAUCCGUUCAGACACGAUCCGAAUAAGUUAAAAAUGUCAAAUAAAAGAANUCAAAGACACAAUAUCGUUUUUGGAAAAAUAAGUGGAGAAUCGUCAAGCGUUCUUGUUGGUGUUUCGGAAAACUGACUGGAACACGUUUGACCUAAUUUGAGCAAAAGUUUUUCAGAUUGUCACAUUUAUAACGCUGAUGAAAUUGGAUUGUCUUAUCGUCUAACACCGUCUCAAACAUUACGUUUUAAAGGGGAAACAUGCAGUGGUGGUAAAUUCUACCACUACAAUAAGAAACUGUUUCCACCACGCUGGAUUCAAGGCUUCGGUAAACGACGAAACAGAAAUAGUAAAUGAAAAUAAUUUGGACACAGAGUGCUUUUCUGAAGAAAACAUACAAAGUUUUGCGGAGGUUGACGAUGCUCUUUUGACCAACGAAGAACCUAAUGAAGAAGAAAUUGUCAAGUCUAUUUUGAAUGAAAAAAAUAAUGAUGAAAGUGAACAAGGUGGCGAAGAAAGCGAAGAAAUGGUAUUUAAAGUACCAUCUAUUUCGGAAAUGUAUUUUUANGAUAAUUGUCUGGCUCAUCCUCCUGUUCAAACUGAAUUUAUAAAGUUGGUUUUUCUCCCUCCAACACGAUCUCUGUGCUACAUUGUCAAGUCUAUUUUGAAUGAAAAAAAUAAUGAUGAAAGUGAACAAGGUGAAGAAGAGAGCGAAUAA